AUGAGUUCUUCAAAAUGUGUAUCCAACAGAGUGGCAGCAUUCGUUCUGUACCUAAUACCACUAAUAUAUUCCUUCCUGGUCGUUGUAUUUGGGUUCAUAGAAUAUGAGCAGAAGAGGACAUGUAAUUUAUUAGUGCUGUGUGUGCUCUACGGGGUUGUCAUCAUUUUAGUUUGUUCAGUUGGCUGCUAUGGAAUUAUAACAGAAAAUGUCACCUCCAUCAGAUCGACAAUUAUCCUAUUAAUAGUGAACAAUAUUAUCAUGACCAUGUUAAUCACUUUCCUUUUGAUCGAUAUUUUAAAUUAUCCCCACGUGGUGACAGUUCAUAGAGCUUCGAAAUUUUUGCAGUUUGUGGUGCAAGACAAGAAGCACAAGAAGAAGAAACAUGCCACGAAGCUCCUCGGGGACGAAAGCGAGUUCCUGAUCAAGGUGUAA